GGUUAAAAGAUGCACUAUCCAUUGUCGAUUGAGAAUGAAAGUAGUGGGGAAAUGGGAAUCUCUUCUUUCUCAAAGCAAAUCCAUUUGCAUGCCUUUCUUUGAUUUUCCUGUGCAACCUUUCUUUAUAUCUUCACAGAAUCUACCCCAAAUUAGAAAUCUCUUGUAUUAUAUACAAGUUCCAAACUUUCACUCACUACCUCUCACCCAAAAACAAAUCACAACAAAGAAACCCUGCUAAAGUUUCCAAUGAAGAGAAUGAGCAUUUUAACUGUCUUUGCAAUUUUCUUCAUCCUUUCUAUGCCAAUCAAUGCAAUGCAACCUAACAACUAUGGCUUCCAAGGAUCCAAAACAAACUGCACCUACUCCAUUGAGAUUGAGACAACAUGUGCACAAUCUGCCGGAACCACGGACCAUGUCAGUGUCAGAUUCGGGGACUCCGAGGGUAACUUGAUCAUAGUGAAGCAUCUGAACAACCCUAAGCUAUUGUAUGCUCCAAAAGGUGGUUUGAGACAUAGGGGUUAUGGCGGGUUUGGAAGAUGUGCCAAAGACAUGUUUGAGGCCAGUGGACCAUGCAUGAGCCAGACGGUGUGCUCUCUGUACCUGAAGAGGGUCGGGUCAGACGACUGGCGACCGGGCCGGGUGAAGGUGCUUCAUCAACAAGAUGGCAGCCGUGUAGUGCCAGUUUCUUAUGUGUUCUAUUUUAGGACAUUUGUUCCAGAAAAUGUUUGGUAUGGGUUUAAUUAUUGUUAGUUUUGAUGGAUUUAAUUAUUUGUUCUU